AUGACAGCCGGGUGCCAAGUGCGCAUGCACAAGAAGCGGUGCUUUUUGUGAAUGGUAAGGUGGUACCUGGGACACAUGACAGAUCCCAGAAGCCGCCGGACCAAUCACAAAGCGCAAGUGCUUCUCGCUCUUGCGCACUGGGCACCCGGCUGUCAUGCCGAGCGCCAUUACAGAAGCCGGGAAGACAGCGCGCGGCUGGAUCGAGGAACAGGUAAAAUCAAACAAAAACUCUGCGGAAGUAAGAGUGGUUUAAAAUUUUGGCUCUUUGUGUCUAACUUGUUCGCCACCCCUGGUCUAUAGCAUGGCCACAGGUUCACUUC